AGGAGUAGUUAUGUCGGAAGGGCUUGGAAAAUUACAAAAGAUCCGAAGGUUCAGUAAAAAAGACCUGUAAGAACAUAUUCCAAAUCAGCCACUUGAAAACAAGUUCUAACUAAAAUGUUUGUGACUUAACAUGAUUGGCAGGGAAACGCUAGAACGCUGUGAGAACCGCCAGAGCGAAUUCAGGUCUAAGACGGCGGAGAAAUUUACCAAAUCAGAGCAGUCGGCUUUGAAUGUAGACAGCAAAGAGGCAUUCGAGAUAUUCUGGAAAGAUGCCUUGAGUAACAAACGCGGAUUCGACGUCAAGCGCGAGCACGGACGGAGAAGAGCCGGAAAGAAGGUCACCUCUUUAUCAUCAUCCGCGUACGACAUUAUACAGAAUUUUGGUUCUUUAGUAAAUAUUAUCAAGGACUUCGGUGCGCCGUUUGGCGGAAUGGCAAUCGGUACUAUUUGCUUUCUCCUUACUGUAUGAUAUCCGCCUCGAAAAUAUAACUUGAAUCGACAAAGCAGCUAAGCUUUUUAAACAGAUCGCCAAAAACCGAACCAAGAUGGAAAUCCAAAUCAAUGAUACUUUACUUCAAAUACGAGAUCGACUCCCGGGCGUAAAGAUGUACCAACAAAUCUAUGAUGACGACACGGAGCUCGGUCAGCAUUUGCAAUCCAAAAUCGUGGAUGCCUAUGAUAGCUUUAUUCUGUUCUGCGUUGAAGCGUCAGAAUUCUAUUCAAUGAGAGCCAUAAGUAAGUAUCUGACUUCAUCUGCGUCCCACAUCCAAGCCCACCGUUAUACUGAUCUAUGAGAUAGACCGCUGGAUAAAUUCAUUCGGGAAUAAUACAGACCUCGAUGACAAGGUGACGAGUGUUCAGAAUGCCAUCGUAGAUGUGAGACGAGUUUCUGAAGAGCUCCUCAACCGUACUGUGACCGAAGUGAAGAGAAUCAACCUCGGUAGGAUUUCCUCUCUUUUCUUCCAAUCGAGUCACACUUGAUCCACGUGAGACUGACAGUCGCAAACCAGAAUUGCUAGAAGGUCGAGAUCAAGAGAGACUAGAGAAGAUCCGGGUCGAUCUUAGACUAGAAGUAUACUCGCCCGAGGCUCAUCAAGCCCGGCUGAAGAGGCACAAAAGUGAUCUCGAGGCUGAGUUCGGGUCAAAUUAUGAAUUUGAGUCACCGCUAUACAAGAUUGUAGAGAACGAUGCAAAGUUCCAGGCGUGGCGCAGUAGCAAAAUUUCACGCUUGCUACUUCUCUCUGGCCGCAACUCAGUCUAUGACGCCCCUCACUGUUGGGUCUCUCCUGUAGCGCUCGACAUGAUCAAAUUCUUGACAGAUCCAGCAUCCAAAAAGGACUCAGACUUUUGUGUAUUCUACAUUUUCGGUCUGUGUGAUGAGCAUGAGCCAUUCACCAAUGUACUUGCAUUCUUUAUUCACCAACUGCUUCGCCAAAAUAAGCGAUCGGUACACCAUACAGAUCUUUUCGAAGAACUGAACGCGGACUUGAACGCCUAUGUGCAGGAUGCUGCGGGAAAAGAAAGCCGUGGCCCCGAAGAGCAUCUUCAGGCCAUAUUGCUGCGGGUUAUUAAUUCAUUUGAAGUGGGUCAAACAAUAUGGUGCAUUCUCGACCGCGUGGACAAGUGUCAGACAUCUGAUGAGAGAAAGCUAUGGAGGCAUCGCAGGGCAAUAUUGAAAGUGCUAAGUCAUGUCGUAGCGAGGUCGACGAUCAGGCUAAUGGUUCUCGCUGUGAUUAAUACCAGCGACUGGGAUGUCGAGAACUUUGUGUCUGAGAUUCAAGGAGAGCAGUCUAGGGAGGAAGUGACGUUGCUGACAUAUGAUGAGGAAGAAGCUUUAUAUCAGUCCUAG